AGUAUAAUUUCAAUUGUUUUACUGCCACUCUAAUCUGGAGCCGGCAAAUAAAAUUUGACGUCGAAUAGAACAAUUUAAUAGUUCACCGGCAGUACAGCGCGAUAGUCACUUUUCCGCGGUCUGUGCAAUUUUAUGGCUACCGGUGUUACUAGUAUUUUAAAAAGAACUUAAAUUUGGUGUGAAGUUGAGUAAAUGGUGAAAAUUUAAGUUAAAACUUUUAGUGCCUGAUAUUAAAUAAAAUAAUCAACAAAAUGACGAAAACGAAAGUGGAUCUGUCAUCAAUUUCAAAUUUUAAUUCGACGACAACACUAACGAAAAAUGACCAAAACCAACUAUCAACUCAAGUUAGUGUGGAAAGUAAUCUAGAUCAACCUUACAAUCCAUAUGACCACAGAACCCUUGCGCAUCCAAACACAUUUACUGGAGCCUUAAUACAUAUUCUAAAAGGAUCCCUUGGGAGUGGAUUGUUAGCAGUUCCAAGGGCAUUUAUGAGUGCAGGACUUCUGGUGGGAGUCAUAGGCACGAUGGUUGUAGGAUUUAUUUGUACAUAUGCAAUACAUCUUCUGGUAACGGCGUCUAAAAGAGUUAGUACAGAUUUAAAAAUUGGUAGUCUAGGCUUCGCGGAAACAGCUGAAGCAGUAUUCCAACACGGACCCGACCAGUUCAAAAAGUUUUCACAAGUUGCAAGAUUGUUUGUGGAGAUAUCAUUAACCAUGACACACUUUGUUGGAAAUGCAGUCUAUGUUGUAUUUAUUUCCGAGUCAAUUGCUAAGCUUGUUGGAUUCUACCAUCCACCGGCGUUACACUGGGGACAGUACUUUAAACUGAUCAUAUUGUUCUUUUUGAUAUUGUUCUGUCAGAUAAGAGAACUUAAACAUUUGGUACCAUUCUCAUUUAUAGCAAACGUGACGAUGACAUUGGCUUUGGCAAUUACAGGAUAUUACAUGAUAAAAGAAUUGAUGCAUGUAGAAAUAAAAGAACGAAAAUUAGCAACAGAUAUAUAUGGAAUUCCAACAUUCUAUACUACAGUUCUUUUUGCAAUGGAGGGAAUCGGAACAAUAAUGCCUGUGGAAAAUUCCAUGAUUGAAGACAGGUUCACAGGAUGUCCAGGUGUUCUAAAUACGGCUAUGACUUCUGUCGUAGUUUUUUAUACGGUAAUUGGUUUUUGUGGCUAUUUUGCUUAUGGUGACAAAACAGAAGCUACCAUCACCUUAAAUUUACCUGGCGAUGAAAUAUUGGCUCAAACUGCUCAAGCAUCUAUCUCAGCAGCGAUAUUUUUCACCUUUAUGCUGCAAUACUAUGUACCAAUUGAUAUAACAUGGAGGAGAAUAAAACCAUAUGUGUCAAAGGAAAAAGAAAACCUAGUACAAAUCGUCUGGAGAACUCUAACAGUAACCUUCAUAGUAGGAGUGGCUGCCGCAGCUGGAGAUAACCUAGGACCUCUAAUAGAUCUCAUGGGGGCAGUUUUCUUUUCUACUUUGGGAUUAUUUGUCCCAUCUCUUCUAGAUAUUAUCGUCAAUUGGAAAAAUUGGGGUAGAUAUAAUUGGAUUUUGGUCAGAGAUUUAUUUAUAAUAACCAUGUUCGUGUUUGGUUUUGUGUUUGGAGCUUAUUAUGCUGUUCUCCAUUUUAUCCAAUAAGCAGCAGACUAUGGUUAGAUGAUUAUGUACAUUCCAUGUCAAGUAACUCAGACAAAAACUUUUGGAUCUCCGAUUUGUCUGAAAUUUGGUGUACAGCUACUGUUUAACAUAAAAAUAAGACAUACUAGGUAAGUCUUCUUGUGUUUUUUUUUUCUUCUGUAAAUAUCAUUUUAAGCGUUUGUAUAGUGAUUUGGUAUUUAUUUAAACAAAUUUGCAUUUUUUAUCGUAAAGUAUCAAUGGAGAAAAUCAGGUUUUAAUAGAAGGAACUCUAAAAUGUCAUUAUAAGGCAUAAUAAGUUAUUUUGAUUCAAAACAAAUUUUUGAUAACAUUUUGUAGUUUUUGUAGAAAACGUUAAUAUACCGUUUUUUACAUUUUCCUCCAUUCUAAAAAUACAUGUUCUUCGAUUUGGUUGAAAAUUUGCCCAAAUCACAGCCAAAACACAGGACUUUACGUGGUUAAAAGAAUUGGUAUAGUUUUGCAAUACAAAAAAAGUUAAGUACAUGUAAGAAUAUCAGAGUCAAAAAUAUAUGGUCCAGUCGGGGUAGCAUUUGACCUUGCAUGCCGAACUGUCCAAAUUUUAUUUUUAUAGUCUUUAGGGAGGUCAACAAUAGUGUAAAUUUAAAAUCGCGAAUGAAUUAUGUUAGCUGCCAUAUUGGUUUUAAAAGAGAACCGUUUUUGCCCAAUAUCUACGCCAUUUUCAACUUUUCGACAAAAAGUAUGUUUUCCGAGUUAAGGGGAAAAUAAUGAUAGGGCAUAAUUUAUUUAAUUAUCUUAUUUAUUACUAAUUUUAUGACAAAAAUGUAUCUACACAAAAAUGGAGAGAAUUCAAUUUUACAUAAUUUUAACCUCUUUCAUUUUUUUUUUCUAAAAUCAGGACCUGAUUGGUUUUAUAGCAGUUGUUUUUUUCAAUACUUCUGACAUUUUCAACUUUUAGACAAAAAUGGUAGGAACUGAAAUUGUUCCAAAUAAAUUGCAUUUAAAAUUAUUACAGUUUCUUUUUAACAAUUUUUUUCGUGCGGUUGAUAUUUUCCGAGUUAAUUGUACUUACAGUAGACGCCUACAUUUUUGAUUAUGAUAUUGCCUGUAACUUUUCUUUAAUUACAAAACUAUACAAAUUCAUUUAACCACUUAAAGUUCUUUAUUUUGGCGAUCUGUGGGCAAAUUUUCAGUGAAAUCGAAGAACAUGCAUAUGAAUAUUUUAACGUUUUCUACACUAAAAUUUGAUCAACAACUUAUUUUGAAUCAAAAUAACUUAUUAUAAUGCCUUAUAAUGACAUUUUUGAGUCCCUUCUAUUAUAACAUUAUUUUUUCCAUUGUGCUUUAACGAUAAAAAAUGGAAAUUUAUUUCAAUAAACACCAAAUCACUGUAAAAUCGUUUAAAAUGAUAUUUUGACGAAAAAAAAAGAAAAAGAAGAAGAAGAAAAACAGUUGGACAUUAAAUGUCUUAUUUUUACGUUCCGCAGAAGAGAUACACCAAUUUUCAGACAACUCGGAGAUUCAAAAGUUUUCUGAUCCAAAAUUGAGUGAUUUGAAAUGGAAUCACCCUUAGAUAUUUUAAAUUCGCAGUAUUUUUAUAUUACUUUUAGUAGCAAUUUAUCUGUGAAUGCGAAUAAUGUGAUAUCAAUUUUGUAAAUUUUUUAUAUGAUGUAAGUAUAUGUAUAAAUUUUA